GUUUUAGGAGAGUUUAGAAAGAUCGCGCCGACAUACAUUAGAGAAAGCUAGCGACGACGCUGCAGCGCGCGAUGUGUAGUCAUUCGUGGUAGCGCAGGGUUAUUGUGACACUUGGAUCGCUUUAGUAGGCAACAUGUCGACAGUGUAGAACAUUGUCACAUUUAUCAAAAGUAUUUUAUAUAGGGUUCCUUCAUAAUAUAGUCAGAUAUCUUUUUUUGUUUGCUAUUAUUCGGAUACGGCAUUGAGCAACAAGUGGAGUUUGGCGUGGAGAGUUUGCGCUCCAGCCAAAAGUGUUCCAGGUAUGGAAGAGCGAAUUGAUCAAAACAGCCGUGAUUCGACUGAGGGAGAGAGCGUGUCCCUCUCCCCGAAUCUACCAUCUCCUCCAAUUUUGCCCCACCAGGCAGCACAGCAAGUACAUAGAACCACAAACUUUUUUAUUGACAAUAUUCUGCGGCCAGACUUCGGCUGCAAGAAGGAGCUUGGGAGUCGGGAGCGGGCGCAGACCUCCGGCAGAGAAAACGUCAACCCCUUGGUAAUCAGGCCAUCUCACGCGAGCAGCCUUUGCCAGGAUUCCAACUGCAGUAGUGACAGUACUUCUUCUUCGUCGUCCUCGCCGUCUUCGAAAAAGAGCUCGACAACACAAGGUGAAGGGAAUGGGACUACCACAACGAGAUAUGGAGACACCGCGUCAAUAGUGGUUGUGAAUGCCAGUAAUGGAGGAUCUCCACCCGCUAAAGAAUCUACGCCGAUGUUAUGGCCUGCGUGGGUUUACUGCACGAGAUAUUCGGAUCGACCAUCAUCUGGCCCAAGGACACGGAAAUUGAAAAAGAAGAAAAAUGAGAAAGAAGACAAGCGACCCAGAACCGCGUUUACAGCUGAACAACUGCAGAGACUUAAGUCCGAGUUUCAGGCAAAUCGCUACAUAACAGAACAACGGAGACAGUCACUGGCCACAGAACUGAAUCUCAAUGAAUCCCAAAUAAAAAUUUGGUUUCAGAAUAAGAGGGCAAAAAUCAAAAAGGGGAAUGGCUACAAGAACGGCCUGGCUCUCCAACUCAUGGCCCAAGGACUGUACAACCAUUCCACAACCACGGUCCAAGAGGAGAAGGAUGAUAGCGAGUAAUUUCCCCCCUCGUGCAGGGUAAAAUAGACGCUGAACUGAAGCAGAGUGCUUGAACUCUUUUGUGAACUGAAAACGAAAGAGGUAAAUAUGAUUUGACUGGGACAGAUGCUAUUUAAAACCGAUUUCUGUUUAUGAUACAGUAUAUGGACAUAAUUAUAUCAAAUACGAACAUUAUUAAAGUUUAUAUAUAGCCAAAACAAUAUGACGUUGUAUAUAUUUAAUUUCAGGUAAGGUUAUGUCUGUAUCAAUCCCUACUUGCUCUAGAUUGAAACUUUUCUUUUUCUUAUGAUGUUGUUGGCCAUUGUUUUAGUAUAAGUGUCUGACAUAGAUUUUUUUUUGUGUGAUUUCUGUCGCCCCUCUCCCCAAUCUCUCACAAUUCUACAGACUGCGUUUCUGAACCGACGUGCCAAGCCAAAGAUUUUAAUAUGUUCAGAGAAUAUGUAGUCUGAAAUAAAUAAAAAAUGUAGAAUGUG